AUGUUCGAGACCCCAUCACUGCCUUCUUCUUUCUCUUCUUCUUCUUCUUCCUCCUCCUCCACCGCUGCUUCAUCUUCCCCACUGAAAUUCUCGUCAUCAUCGCCAUCCUCCUCGUCUUCCGUCAUUUGGGAGUUAGACGAGACGUCGUCCUCCUCUUCCUCCCACGGCACCAUCUUUCCUCCCUCCCUCCGCCCCUCUCCGCGCGCCAUUCGAACACAGAGGUUUGGCGGGAUGACCACGAGAAAGCGGGAGCUUAUUUCAAAUGUCCAUAGAUGCCCCUACCUCAUAAAUACUUACCAUUCAGGACAGCCCUUAGCAACUAAAUGGGCCGGGCCGCUCGUAUUUAGACUUCCCUCACAAGUAGGAUAAGAUACGAUGGCCCAAAAAGGCCCAUAUUCCUUGACAUGGUGGGCCCAUUUUAAUACCGAACCCGUUGAAGAUCAGAUGUGUACAUUUUGACUCCCAAUAAGCAAAAUAGAUAUCGGAUGAGUUCCUUAGUAGCCGACCCUCCCUCAUCUUAGCCACCAGCAAGAACCUUCCCGUUCACAAAAUCCAUAUCCACGACCCUGAAGGGCAGAGAGAGAGAGAGGGAGGGAGAGAGAGAGAGGAAGGGAGAGAGAGAAAGAGAGAGAGAGAGAGAGGGAGGGACAGAGGGACAGAGAGAGAUAGGGGAGAGAGAGAAAGAGAGAGAGAGAGAGAGGGAGGGACAGAGGGACAGAGAGAGAGAGGGGAGAGAGAGAAAGAGAGAGAGAGAGGGACAGAGGGACAGAGGGACAGAGAGAACGAGAGAGAGAGAGGGAGAGAGGAGAGAUGAUAGAUGAGAGUGACAGAGAGAGAGAGAGGAGAGAGGAGAGGGACAGAGAGAGAGAGAGAGGGGGGAGAGAGAGAGGGGGAGAGAGAGAGAGGAGAGAGGAGAGAGAGAGAGAGAGAGAGAGAGAGAGAGAGAGAGAGAGAGAGAGAGAGAGAGGAAGGGAGAGAGAGAGAAGGGAGAGAAAGAGGAAAGAGAGAGAGAGAGAGAGAGAGAGAGAGAGAGAGGGAGAGAGAGAGAGAGAAAGGGAGAGAGAAAGAGAGGCAGAGAGGAGUGAAAGAGAACGAGCGAGAAAGGGAGAGACAGGAGAGAGUUGAUGGAAGACAUCUUACACGAAGGGAGAAGGAGGGGGAUGGGUCGGAAAGGACUCUUCCAUGCAUAGAAAAAAACGUACGAAUUAGCCGGAGAAAUAGAGUUACCCUAUGAUAUGAUGACUAUAGAGACAAUAUCAAGGUCAGGGAUGCAUGGGAUCUUCAUUCAGACAAUCAUCCACCAUGCUGCACCACGGCUUCCUCUUCACAAACUUGAAGAUACCAAAUCACUUAUCACAGAUACAUAAAGAGCUCCAACUCAUCGAAGAAGGGCUACGAGGAGGGGAGUUCCUACUACGAUCCAACUUGUACACACCAAUUACAUUUAUUACCAGUCUUAGAGAGAGAAACCCAGCAAGGACUGGACACCCUCCUGGGUCAUCGAGGUUUCACAAGCACAGAGAAGAACCCGCGGCCGAAGAUGGAGGAGGAAGACAAGGACGAGGAAAUAUUUAGGGUUAGAAGGUCAGAACUCGACGAUCCUCAGGCCGAGGGUCCUCUGGGCGAAGGAGAUGAGGUUCUCUAUUUCGGCGUCGUCGAUGAAGCCGUUGCCAUUGGCGUCGGCGCCGCGGACUCCGCGGCCGCUCUUCCAGCCGCUGUAGCGGCCGCCGAGGCUGCGGAUGGCUCGGCGAAGCUCCUGCUUGCUGAUGCGACCGUCCUUGUCGGUGUCGAACCGCUUGAGCCAGUCCUUGAACUCCUCCAACGUCAGCUCGGAGGACCUCCUGCAGGGGACCUGCUUGAUGGCCAUGGCGGCGGUUAGGUUAUCUCCAACUCCUCCCAGCUCUUGCACCUCUCUCUCCCUUACUGCUGCUACUUAUCGGCGCCGUGGUGAGCUCUCUUUCCUCCAGGUUUCCUUUAUUCCCUCUCUACCAGUCGUGUGGGAGAAUCGAUACGCUUUCAUUGAGCAGCUCGCAGUGGGGUGGGCGGAGGAUAACGUGACCGGUUCCCCUGGCCCAAGGGCGGUGGAGACAUAGCGAGAGAGAGAGAGAGAGAGAGAGAGAGAGAGGCCUUUGCGCACGUCGAACUGUAGUCAAAACUCGAGACAGAAAAAUGCCUCCACGCACGUUUCAAAAAACUCAAUGACGGGUCAGAUACAAGAGGUGGCUGAGAAAGGGCAGCGGGUGAAGAGAUAGUUUCCCAUACGACAACAUGUUAACAACAAGUUAGAGUAAGAGAGAGAGAGAGAGAGAGAGAGAGAGAGAGAGAGCUUUAGACAGGUCAUUGAGUGGUCAAAGGCGGAUCCCCAAAUAUGGGAGCUUUUUAAUUUUAUAACCUAAAAGUUAAUACCUUCCAAAUACUCUCUAUCGCAGGAGUCCAUACGUGAAAAGGGCCCGGUCAACUCCUUGAAAGGAUAAUGUUCGCCUGAAUUCUGACUGAUUUAAAUGGGUUCCCAGAAGAACACCUUACCCGAUUAGGCAAAUGCUGACCUUUUUUGCUGACCAAUAGCAAUCAUUCCACGUCACUCCACCUUCGGAUUUCCUCUUCUGCGGCGCAACGUUUCUCUUGCAGGACGUUCAUAUCUUCGGUGGCCUCCAGAAGAGCUCAAGCUUAGAGGCAUCUCUCUCAACAGUAAUGGCACGCCGGGGGGGGCCUUGAUGUUACUGAAACCUUCCAUAUUUUGGGAGGUGGGAAUUUCUCUCUCUACAAAUGAAGAAAGCAUCCGACCCAUCAGUUUUCCCGUCUCCUUCCCAUUUUGUUCUCUCAUUCCGGAAAUUUUUUGGCCGAGAGCGAAAUUUUCUCUUUCUAGAAAAGGACCCGCCUUUCUCUUCUCCAUUUAAAUGAAUCGAGAUAGGUCCGGGAACCCAUUUAAAAGUAUCUGCCACUUUAGCACCGACUUAUCCAUCCUGCUUCCUGGGAACCCACAGCAGAGGGAGAGUGACGACCACGUCGCCAUGCACCGAGGCGUUGAAUUCACCGAGUGAAGAUUUACCCGCCUUUCUAUCUCUCCCGCUGACCUUGUCGAAUGUAAUUAUCCCCGGAAGUCAACUGAUCCCUUCAACUAAGGGACUGAAAGUAAGAUAAUCGAAGAGAUGACAGCGACAGUGACGAUAACCCAGUGGAGUUAUUUCCAUAACAAGGAGUAGUCAAGAGUGGGCGGUGGAUUUCUUCAGGCCGAGUUUCUUCUUGGCGUAGACGUACAGCUUGCUGA